AUGCCUAUCCACAUCCCCAAAAGAGCUCUCCGCUCGGGGAUCACCAUCGUCCUCUUCCUCCUCGGUCCCAUCAUCAUCCUCGGCCACCUCGCCUCUCUAUCCAACCACACAGACGAACACGAGCGCUGGCACGCCGUCUUCAAGGAGGACCACUCGGAAGCAGGGUGGAAGGAUGUGGAGGGACUGUCGUUGGAGGAAAGCAACGACUAUUGGUAUGAUGAGCUUGAAUUUGAAGAUGAGGAGAGGGAGGGGAGAGGGUCUGUGGUGAAACAUGGAAAGCCGAACCACAAGGGGCAUGCGCAGCAACCAGAGGAACCCUCCCAUGCGCAUCGCCUGCUGCCAAAUGGCUUGCUAAUAGCAGACCCGUCAUCACCUCAUCCCAUCUACACCCUGAUAGAAGAAGCCAACAAGAACUGGGAACAAAAGCUCAACAAGGCGAGCCGGUCAUUGUCGGAAGCUGUGGACGAGUACCGCAGGCGAUACGAGAGGAACCCGCCGAGAGGCUUUGACAGAUGGUGGAAGUAUGUGCAGGAGAAUAAUGUGCAGCUUCCAGAUGAAUAUGAUCAGAUCAAUCUCGACCUGGAACCAUUCCACGCCUUGACGCCAUCCCAGCUCCGGGCGCACAUGGGUACCGUCUCCCGCCACUCUGGCAUGUACACCAUCUCCUGCCCCGGAUCCUCCAACUCAAAAUCAUCGGCGCGGUGUACUUUUGAGAUUGUGGAGGGAGGGUUCAAUGAUGAGGGCAAAAGAGUAGCAAACCAGCGGGCUAGGGCGCAGGUCGAGCUUUUGGAGGAUGUCGAGGAGUUGCUGGAAGAGGUGCAGGUCACAUUCUUCAGCCACGAUGUCCCUUGGCAGUUUGUGGGGCAUGAAUAUAAAGGAGCCUUGGAGGAUGCCGCCGCCGUUGGCGAAUUCUUGAAUACUGAGGAGCACGAGCUUGACACUGCCCAUCUUGGCUGGGCAUCUGCCUGUGCGCCCCACAAACCUCUUCGCGAGACUUACGACCCCGACGUCCUUCCCGACCUUGCCGAUCUCUGGCAAAACGACAAAUCUUUCAUCUGGGACCACAAGGCAACCAUGGAUCCCUGUAUACAUCCCGAGCUUACCCACCUGGUCGGCUUCUUGUCUGGUCACGGCAAAGGUCCCGGACCCCGGAAAGAUAUCUACCCGGUGCUCGCCAUGUGCAAGACCACACUCCACGCUGAUGUCCUCGCCGUGUCAAUGGAAGCGUGGACAGAAGAUGUGGGGCCUGAUCCUGCGUGGGAGCACAAGGAUGAUAGGAUGAUCUGGCGCGGCAAGACGACAGGCAUCUUCUUUCGAGAGGGCGUACCGUGGAAUAUAUCGCAAAGGAUCAAUCUUGUGGAACAGACCGGUCAGAAGAAAGGGUCUUUACCCGUCCUGCCCCCCGCUUUGGAUCCUUCCUCGCCUGUGGGCUACCCCGUCGAAACGCCCCUCGGGGACCUCAACGACGAUCUGGUGGAUGUGGCGUUUGUGGACCACGCUAUACAGUGUGACGAUGCAGUGUGCAAAGAGAUACAGGAGAAUUAUCACUUUGGUGACCGCAAAACGUGGGCGGAGGGAAAUGGGUACAAGUAUCUUUUAGAUCUUGGUAAGUCAACCGUAGGGAUAGUGGUCAUUGCUGAUGAGCGCAGAUGGGAACGGCUGGAGCGCAAGGUUCAAGCGAUUGAUGACUACUAAAUCCGUUGUCCUUAAAUCAACCAUCUUUCCCGAAUGGUUGGUCCUCCCUACUGCUCCGAGACAUUAAUCUGACAAGGAUACAGGUACACAGAUAGGAUCCAACCAUGGGUUCACUACGUCCCGCUGAAAGCGUCGCUCACCGAUCUGUACGACGUUCUCGCCUUCUUCCGAUCAUCCCCCUCGCACGACGAUCUGGCGAAGGGUAUUGGACAGGCGGGUAGGGAAUGGAGUCUCGCGUAUUGGAGGAAAGAGGAUAUGAUUGCUUAUCAGUUCCGACUUUUCCUCGAGAUUGCGAGGCUGAUGGCUCUUGAUCGCGAAACGGCAUCGUUCCAUCACAGGGGAGAUGACCUAGAAUAAAUAUUAUUGGUUUGUUAUAGAUCAUAGAUUCAUAGAAAUGCA